AAUUGACAUGUACUCUUAUGAUGUGAUAAACUUCGAUUUUACAAGGGAUGACGGAUUUGUCGCUGUAAGAGUUAAGCCGAAGGAAUCAAAUCAAGUGCCCGAUUAAAGGUCGAAUUAAGUUUCAAAUUAAGUACCUGAACCAAUACAAAACCCAUUAAAUGUCUAAUUGAUAAAGCCGAAAUACAGAUGCCUAAAAUCAGAUGUUUAGAGCCUUAAGACUCUGUUAAAGAGGACGUAUAAUUUGAGGGAAUUUAAAGAGUUUUAUAGAGUUUAUGGACCGAAAUUGAUAGAAAUAGAUUUUGGUCUUAUAGAGUUAUUUAAUGUGAAAGUAAAGAAGAGUAAUUCAAUAAUAGGGAGAAAACUAGUUUUCAAUUUAAGAGAUUGAAAAAUUUUAAUAUGGCUUGAACUUUAUUAGAUGGGGAAAAUUGUUUACCAUUGAUCAUCUCUAAGGAUAUAAGGAUGGCUCACAAAUAAAUAAUUAAAUAAUUGGAUUGCAGUAAGAAUUGACAUAGAUUAUUAGGUAUUAUAACAUGCUUGUGAAGGAGAGAAUAUUCACUUUAAGAACCUUGCGGUACUAUAAGAAUGAUGUUGAAAGAAAAAAGUUUCCGUAUCAAUACCUAUAUAUUUAUGAUUUCGAAGAUAAUCUCUAAAUUAGUUUUUCAUUCUUUUAAGAGUAUUUAUCAAACUAACAAAAUUACGAAAUCUAACAAAUUAAAUAGUAAAAAGAACUUCUGCCAUCAUUGAAAAUUUAAUUUUAUUAGAAGUAUUUUAAAGAUUUUUAAUUCACUCACAUUAUAGCCCCAUUUUUUUAGGUGAAAUAAGAAGAAUAAGAUUAACUUUAGAUUCAAUUGUUUUUUAUUCAUUUCAGUUUGGAUGGAUAUCAAUUUAAAAAUUACUCAAAUUCUUCUGAUAACUAAUAACAAAGAAAUUAAUCAUACAAAUGCCACAUAUUUGUGAAUUUUGAAACAACAUUUUAUUCUCAAUAAUAAUUAUAGAAUGGAGCCAGUGAAUUUGCAAAUAUUCAUAAUUUUAUCAUAUCAAACAGUGAUAUCCAAUUUGUUAAUAUUAAUAAGUAUUUAGAUCAUUUUAUUCAGCUAAGAAAACAACUUUUUGACGGAAUAUGUGAAAUACAUUGAAUCUGAAUUUUUCUUAUUGGAAACGUCAAUUGAUAGUCAGAUGAACUAUAUUUUUAAUGAGUUGCCAAAGGAACUGUCAAAAAAUCAGGUUAACAGCGUUUUAAAUGAUAAAUUCAUCAUCUCAUAAAACGUUUAGAAUGUAAUGAAGAAGUUAUUUGGAGAAGAAAAAUGA